AGAGGACGUGAGUGUUUGGAAGAGGAGGAGGAAGAGGGCGAGGCGCGGGUGACGUCAGAGGCACCGAGCUAGGAGUUCCUCUUGCUUGUCGCCGUUCCCGUGUCCUUCCGUCCUCUCUCUUUCCCCCCCGCCCCUUCCCAACCCCCGCCGUAGCCACGCAACGGUCUCGGGGCCUGGGCGAGAUGGAGAGCGCCAGCCAGGAUAUCAACCUUAACUCUCCCAACAAAGGUCUGCUGUCUGAUACAAUGACGGAUGUGCCUGUGGAUAAUACCAGCUCUUCUGCCACUGCCAGUCCUCCUUCAAGGGCCUCGGCCUACAAUGGGCUUACUGAAGCAGAGGAAGAGGAGCUGAGGUCUGAGCUGGCCAAGGUGGAAGAGGAAAUUGGCACCCUGCGUCAAGUAUUAGCUGCCAAAGAGAGACACUGUGGAGAGUUGAAGAGAAAGCUGGGAUUAACCCCCUUGGAUGGUCUGAAGCAAAACCUGUCCAAAAGCUGGCAUGAUGUCCAGGUUUCCAAUGCUUAUGUGAAAACCUCUGAGAAAUUGGGAGAAUGGAAUGAAAAAAUGGUGCAGUCAGACCUAUAUGUUUCGGCCAGCAACACACUGGAGGACUGGAAUGAGAAAUUAACCCAAUCAGACGCUUACAAGAAGACACAGGAAACACUGUCACAGGCGGGCCAGAAGACUUCAGCUGCACUUUCCAACGUGGGUUCAGUGAUCAGUCGGAAGUUUGGUGAUAUGAGGGCCCAUCCCUUUUCGCAUUCCUUUAGCAGCUACUCCAUUCGCCACUCGAUAAGUAUGCCAGCUAUGAGAAAUUCAGCAACCUUCAAGUCCUUUGAAGACCGAGUUGGGUCCAUAAAGUCCAAAGUGGUGGGCAGCAGAGACAACGGCACCGAUGAGCUCCACUCCCCAUCAGCAACUGGUGACAAGCCCCCCCAGGACAGCGCACCUUUCUAAGUCUCCCGUGUAGCAGUGCCUGACCGCCAGAGACUCCCUCCCCUUGCUCUUCCCAACAUGCAAGACAAAAGCAAAAGAGGGACCCAGGUCCCACUCUGAAGAUUGAGAUCCAUACAUCAUAUGUAGACAUUAUUUUGCUGCUGGAUUCUUCAGGUCCAAUACAACGAAUACACAGGUUUUUUCUACACCUAAAUAUAUUUUACACUAAAGGUUUCUAAGAUGGAAUACAUUGCUGUUCUUCUUUGUUGGAAAGAAUGUCAGCAAUGGAGAUCCUGUGAGUUUUUGGCCCAGAUUGCACCCUUGGCACCAAAGGCUCGCACUCUCCUCUUCUUCCCUAACCCCACACAAAUGCCUCAAUGUGCAGGCUAACUUUUAUUUCUUUAUGUAAUAUGGAAAGAAUAGUUGCAGGAUAGGCUAGCUGUACAGGGAGCCUUGAGCUCUGACUUGGCUUUGUCUCCUGUUCAGUGUAGAUAGAUAGCUUUCAGCUACAUAUCAGCUCCUGGCUGCUUCCUUUGCAGUUGGGAGCAGCCAAGAAAAGCUUUGGAAAUUUCCAGCCUCUGCUAAGAUAUAUAACUAAGGGUGCAUUUGGGCGAGUUAAAAAUGAUUCUCCUCCCCGCUUUCUUUGGGGUAUCUUGAAACGAACUUCUAUUUAGCAACUGUCUAGCUUGCUACACAGAUUCUCUAGCUUUAAAUAAAUCUCAGAAUCUCUAUUUUUCUUUUGGCAGGGGGCGGGGCAGGGCGGGGGGCUGAAUGCAGCGGACUUCACAACAUACCGGCUUUGAGCAUCUUUCUUUAGGGGCAGUCUACCUUCUGGAUGCGGAAGCUGAAGUGUAAACACAGGCCUUACAUCACCACCUGCUUAACUUCUUUAUAAUCUUUUUAUAUCUCAAACGUGAAGAAUUUUGGGCAUGGGGAGGGAAGGGGUUGAAGCACUGAAAUUCUGCAUCCUACCAUAGUAACCGCAUGCAGACAUGCUCAGUCUUGUGUUCAUUUCAGUGGUGUGUGACUGUCCCACACUUGCUUGCGCUUGUUCUUGCGUGCUCUCUUUCUUGCUCUCUCCUGAGUGUGUGGAACUUGCUUCUCUCCCCUUAGGUCUGAGCCUCUGUUCCUUAGAAGCAUCUUUAAACAACUGCCCAGUUAAUCAGCUUAGGGAAUACUUGCCAGAAUACAGGAUCCUCACCUCUGAAGAUAUCUUCUUUUUGUUUUUUUUUCUUUCCUUAUUCAUGUUGCCUUUUCUUCCAGGACCCUCCUUUUAAAUAUUUUGAUAUGCUUGAGACAGUUAUGAAAUCCGCUCCCUGUGGUUCUUCCCUCCCCCCCACGUCCUUACAUUUUUCCCUGGUGAUAACCCAUCUGCUGUCCACCAGUUUCCACCCAGUACUGGUGGUUCUUUGGAACAGCUGUGUUUUUGAAAAGGCCAAGAGCCUUCUGCUCUCCUGGCCUUUAGUUCCCCCAAGGCGGAUGUGCCUUUUUUGGUUCUCUAAACAUUUCUGUGCCUUAGAGGCUCAGUGGGAAUUUCAAGCACAUAUCAGUGAAGCUGCUGGUUUUGAAGCAAAGGUUUCAGACUUUAGUGGGAUUAUCUUAUUCUCUCCCCACCCCCCAAACCCUGGCUGCCCUUCCCUAGUCCUUUGAGAAGCAAGCUUUGACCCUGAACUGCAGACUGUAGAACUCUUCCCGUGUCCUUUGUCACUGUCACAGUAGAUGCAGAAGAAUCUGAAGGGUGUGAAGGGUUGUUUGCUGGCAUUUAUUGGAGGAAGCUGCCUCAGUGUGACAGGGAGCUAUUUCAACAGUGUGAACUGUUCCUUCUCUGUGCAGUUGACUAUUUGGGAAAAAAACCUUUGACAAUAAAAUAUGCCUUUUGGAAAAGCAAA